AUGAACCAAGACAAUGUGAAAGCAGCGAAAGAGGCGGUGGAGAGCAUAGCGAAAGGGGGAAAUUGGCAAAGGGCUGGAGUGGGUGGAAAAGCAGGAGAGGGGGAAGGGGGGCUGGAGUGGGUGGAAAAGCAUGCAGGAGAGGGGGAAGGGGGGCUGGAGUGGGUGGAAAGCAUGCAGGAGAGGGGGAAGGGGGGCUGGAGUGGGUGGAAAGCAUGCAGGAGAGGGGGAAGGGGGGCUGGAGUGGGUGGAAAGCAUGCAGGAGAGGGGGAAGUGGGGCUGGAGUGGGUGGAGAGCAUGCAGGAGAGGGGGAAUAGGGCCUGGAGUGGGUGGAAAGCAUGCAGGAGAGGGGGAGGGGGGGCUGGAGUGGGUGGAAAGCAUGCAGGAGAGGGGGAAGUGGGGCUGGAGUGGUUGGAAAGCAUGCAGGAGAGGGGGAAUGGGGGCUGGAGUGGGUGGAAAGCAUGCAGGAGAGGGGGAAGGGGGGCUAAAGUGGGUGGAAAACAUGCAGGAGAGGGGGAAGGGGGGCUGGAGUGGGUGGAAAGCAUGCAGGAGAGGGGGAAGUGCGGCUGGAGUGAGUGGAAAGCAUGCAGGAGAGGGGGAAUGGGGGCUGGAGUGGGUGGAAAGCAUGCAGGAGAGGGGGAAGGGGGGCUAAAGUGGGUGGAAAGCAUGCAGGAGAGGGGGAAGGGGGGCUGGAGUGGGUGGAAAGCAUGCAGGAGAGGGGGAAGUGCGGCUGGAGUGAGUGGAAAGCAUGCAGGAGAGGGGGAAGGGGGGCUGGAGUGGGUGGAAAGCAUGCAGGAGAGGGGGAAGUGGGGCUGGAGUGGGUGGAGAGCAUGCAGGAGAGGGGGAAGGGGGGCUGGAGUGGGUGGAAAGCAUGCAGGAGAGGGGGAAGGGGGGCUGGAGUGGGUGGAAAGCAUGCAGGAGAGGGGGAAGGGGGGCUGGAGUGGGUGGAAAGCAUGCAGGAGAGGGGGAAGUGGGGCUGGAGUGGGUGGAAAGCAUGCAGGAGAGGGGGAAGGGGGGCUGGUGUGGGUGGAAAGCAUUUUGAAGAGGGGGAAGGGGGGCUGGAGUGGGUGGAAAGCAUGCAGGAGAGGGGGAAAGGGGGCUGGAGUGGGUGGAAAGCAUUUUGGAGAGGGGGAAGGGGGGCUGGAGUGGGUGGAAAGCAUUUUGGAGAGGGGGAAGGGGGGCUGGAGUGGGUGGAAAGCAUGCAGGAGAGGGGGAAGGGGGGCUGGAGUGGGUGGAAAAGCAUGCAGGAGAGGGGGAAGGGGGGCUGGAGUGGGUGGAAAGCAUGCAGGAGAGGGGGAAGGGGGGCUGGAGUGGGUGGAAAGCAUGCAGGAGAGGGGGAAGUGCGGCUGGAGUGAGUGGAAAGCAUGCAGGAGAGGGGGAAGGGGGGCUGGAGUGGGUGGAAAGCAUGCAGGAGAGGGGGAAGGGGGGCUGGAGUGA